AGGAUGAGUGCAGCCAGAAAAUGGCGGAUAUAGAGGAGUUACGGGUAGGGAAAGUGCAAUGAUUGCUGGCUACUUUGCGUCUCUCACACUCAGAAGACAUUUUGCAGUCGCCGUUUUGUAAUGCUACUUCACCGGUCGGUUUGCUGCCUACGGGAUAGAUUAUUAAUAGUUAAUAGGCAAAUGUCUCAUCACUCCGUCAGACUGAUUGUGUUUAGCCUGUUAGCUUCCGUGCUCGAGCUGCUACACAAACAUGGACAAUCAGCCUGUAAAUGUCACUGAGACUGCUUUUAUUACCCGCUUUCACUGCAUGAAAACGCUUUAUUAUCAUGCCUAACCAACCUUGAUGAUUGUUCGUUGCAGGUAAAUCGUUCUUACGGUACAGUUUCUUCACUGCUCCAAUUGUUUUGGCUGAUCUUUUGUUAGCUAGCGUCCGGAUAAAACACUGAACAUUUAUAUUUAAACAAGGAUGUUGUUUGUUUUUAAACCCUUGUUUGCAUGGUUAACUGCUGUCUAGACAAGUAUAUCGGACACGUGUGUGCAAAUAUGUGUGUAGCACACGACAUUUUAUAUUAAAAUUGCGAGCUGCACUUUUAGAGGGACACCUUGAAGGUUCUUUACAAGAACCUUAAUAAGACAUACUUGAUUCCUGUUAUUGUGAGCGUUUUCUCACCACCUGUCUCAAGAUAAUAGCUUUUACUUGUUUAAUACACGAAUCAUCUUUCUAAAUUUUAAAUGUCUGCCUUGCAGUUUAGCAUUAGUCCUAGGCAAUACCAACUGAAUACCGUGUGAUUUGGAUACAUAAAAGUUAGUUAAAUACAUGCUUUUUUGUGCUUUUAUACAUGCCUAUAUACGUGAUUUAUGUUGUCUUAGAAAUUGUUAGUAAAUUGAGAAUUGUUCAGAAACAUCAAUACUUUUUUCCUCCAGCAAUCAGUUAAUUCCUCUUGUGAUGCUUUUCGGUCUCAUUUGUUAAGGAUUUGUAAAGACAAAUGGAUUAACACAUAAGAACAAUGAAGCAUGGACCAUAUAAUGAAGGAAUAUGGUAUCAAGUUUCCGUGUCUCAGAGCUCCUGGUACUGUUAGGUUUCGCUGGAAGGAAUAAGAGCGGUCGCAAACAUGAACUUGUGCUGAGGGCACUGCAUUUACUGAAGAGUGGCUGCAGUCCUGCUGUGCAGAUCAAAAUAAAGGAACUGUAUCGUCGGAGAUACCCAAGAACAUUUGAAGGUCUUCCAGAUUUGACGGCUCUUAAGUCAAGCAUCAAAUCUUACUUUCACAUAGACGGUGGUGCCACGGUUGUGAGCUCUGAUCUUUCUCUACAAACUGGCCAUUCUGACCUGGUGCUGCAGCACCUGUCAAGCUGUGAUUCACCUGUUUGUUAUGAAUCAAAGCCCAUGAUGAAUAUGCAGCAGCCCACGCCACUUAUGGCCCCCGUCCACCCGGACGUUCAGAUGAAAUCCCUCCCUUUUUAUGAUGUGCUGGACGUCUUGAUCAAACCAUCAAGUUUAGGGGCCAGUACUGUUCAGCGGUUUCACCAGGAGAAAUACUUUAUAUUUGCUUUGACUCCACAGCAAGUGAGAGAAGUUUGCAUUUCUCGGGACUUUCUUCCAGGUGGCAGAAGGGACUACAUGGUUCAAAUUCAACUACGGUUUUGUCUAGCAGAGACCAGCUGUCCACAAGAGGACAAUUAUCCAAACAGCCUGUGCAUCAAAGUCAAUGGGAAGCUGUUCCCUCUCCCUGGCUAUGCACCACCUCCUAAGAAUGGUGUGGAGCAGAAAAGACCAGGCAGACCACUGAACAUCACAUCUCUGGUCAGGUUGUCAUCUGCUGUACCCAAUCAGAUAUCAGUUACGUGGGCACCUGAAAUAGGGAAGACAUACUCCAUGUCUGUUUACUUGGUACGGCAGCUGACCUCCCCGUUGUUACUGCAGAGGUUAAGAAUGAAGGGGAUCAGAAACCCUGACCACUCCAGAGCAUUAAUUAAAGAAAAACUCACGGCAGACCCUGACAGUGAAAUUGCCACAACAAGUUUGCGAGUCUCACUCAUGUGUCCACUUGGCAAGAUGCGCCUUACAGUACCCUGUCGAGCUGUCACCUGUUCUCACCUGCAGUGCUUUGACGCUGCUCUUUACCUGCAAAUGAAUGAGAAGAAGCCUACCUGGAUCUGUCCCGUCUGUGACAAAAAGGCCACAUACGAGAGUCUGAUUAUAGAUGGGCUCUUCAUGGAAAUUCUCAACGAUUGUACAGAUGUAGAUGAAAUCAAAUUUCAAGAGGAUGGGACAUGGUGUCCAAUGAGACCAAAGAAGGAGACAUUGAAAGUGUCAUCUUCAUGUAUCCCAAAAAUUGAUUGUGCUGUCCCAGUGCGACAGAGUGCAGUGGUGCCACCCAUAGAACCCAGCAGUACAAAAAAAGCAGACGUGAUUGAUCUGACGCUAGAGAGCUCGUCUGAUGAUGACGAGGACAGCGAUCCUCCUCUGAAAAAGCGCUGUGUCUACAUGUCUAAAGCUGAAGAGAUGCACAGCAAAGGGGUUUUGACGUAUCAGCCAUCAACUGUUCGUGUGCCAAAUGUCCAGACACUGGACACCUCAUACCUGACCUCCUCAAUAGCAGACUACUCUGUUCCAUUUCACCAUUCAACCUUAUCCACUAUUCCCACAGAUAUGCAAAGUCUUGAUUUAUUUUCGCUGAUUCAAGGGGACCCCCAGCAGCAUUACAGAGCCCCCAUAUUUUUAGACAGCCUCUCCAGCAGCCUUCAGAGUGCCACCACCAGCAUUGGCCUGGUAUCCUCAUCAGCUCAGUACUCAGUAGAGACGGGAACCCAUAGCAGCAGCUCUAGUCACGAGACUGGUGUCAUCACCGGAGGAUCCUCAGGCCUGUCAGACAUUAUCUCACUAGACUGAAUCAUGGUUCAUCUUUAUUGGCCAGAAUUUAGCCAGUCACUAAACCAACCACACUCUAAGUCAGAUUAGCUAAGCUAAAACAUUUUUAUGUUGGACUAUGGAAUUUAAGAAUUAUAUUUUGACAUGGACCUAGGAGGACUGCAAUGAAGCGAGAUCAUAUUUCCUGUGAGUUCUGUGGCUGGGUUAGCAAAUGCAACCCUGACUCUAGCUAUUUUUCCCUCAAAUUGGGGAAACUUAAGUUAUACUAUAAUGACUCUCAUCCAUUAACUUUUUGAUGGGAGGAGCAAAGUAAACUACAAAAAAAAAGAAAAAAAGUGGACUGGAAAUUUCAGACACGUCAAACCAUCAGCGGUUCUGCGGUUGAAGCGAAAACAAUUUCAGCGGCAGCUCAGUUUGUUGUCCUUUUGAAUUUCAGCAGUGCAAUUAUUUUUUUGUUUGUUACAAUUUCAGACUUCAGUUGCAGCAAUAAAAACUGUCUGUUGUAUAUUGUAAAAUGUUUACUCGUCUGUUAUCAAGACAAAUGUCAGAUUGCAACACUUGUCUGUUUUUAAAGAUUGUGGUUUUAAAUUGUUUGAAUUAUUUUACCAUGAGCCAUCAUAUUCUUGGUUGCUGAUGCAGUAAACCUAUUUUGAAUUUGUAAUUUUAUGUUGAAGUUGUUUUUAUCUCAAAGAUGUCUAACAUAUUUGCCUCGAACUGCAACAUGACCUGCAUUAAAACUCUAAUUUUAAUGGUUCUUGGUCUGCUAACAAGACAUGCAGCUAUAGGUCAAAUGAAAAUUAAGCCAAGCAAACAUUUAUAUAUGUAACAGGAUCAAUACAAUACACAAAUCUAACUUAUUUUGCAAGUCUUUUAUUGCUAAUGGUUAUUUAUUUUAUAGACAUGAGUAGCAGUUUGAAUUCAUCUCACAUAUAGUCUUACUGGAUAUGAGCCAUACACUAUGAACUGUGUAAUUUCAAGAAACUCUGAAGGCAUGUGAAUUGUUAGUUCUAUUACACAAGUAGCAGUUCCCCUGUUGUGUAAAUUGUAUGUACUAUUUUGAGUCUAAAACCCAACACUGAUUAUGCUGUAAAUGUUGAUACAUUGCAUUGUUUUUUCUGCCAGUCAGGGCUGAGUUUUAUAAUGAUUGCAUCUCUAUUGAUGAUGGCACAGAGACUUAAGUUUUUGAGUAUCAUGAAUUCUUUGCCAAAAGGAGGGCAUGAAUAAUACAUGGAUCUCCGAAUACAUGUAAACCAAUCCACAGUUAUUCUAUAAUUAUUUCAUGUUCAUUUGAAAAUACCUAUUUUUACAUUUUAAAUGAUUAAGUUCAGACUUUUGUGGUGUUUCACUGUAUUGGCUGUAUUUUCUGCAUCAUGUAUGGAUUAAUGCACACAAGUUUAGCAAGGUCAGAUUUUAUUGGCUGCAAGAUUGUUCAGCUUUGACAUUUUAAAUUAAGAUUAAGGUUUUCAGUGUAAACCUUAUUCCAUACACUUCAGAAUCAUUACUUUGGAGUUUUUUUUUUUUAAACAUUGUAAGAUGAUAGCUUUAA